CCAACUGGCUACGGGGGAUUUUAUUUUGUUGUGCGCCGCAAUCAAGAAGCCGACUGUUUGUACGGCGAGAGGCGUUUACCUUGGAAAAUGUUGCUGGUACUUUCGGAGGACCAUAAGGAGCACCUGGGCUUCCUUACCCAGGUGGAGAGUUCAGUUGUCAGUGAAUUUGGCCGGAUUGCAAUGGAGUUCUUAAGGAAAGGCACAAACCCGAAAAUCUAUGAAGGAGCAGCAAGAAAACUUAAUGUUAGUAGUGAGACAGUUCAGCAUGGAGUAGAGGGAUUGACGUAUCUUCUCACAGAGAGCUCAAAACUCAUGAUUUCAGAGAUAGAUUUCCAAGACACUGUACUUAUACUGGGAUUCUCUGAAGAACUGAACACCUUACUACUUCAGCUGUAUCUUGACAACAGGAAGGAGAUCAGAGGUAUUUUGAGUGAGCUGGCACCAAAGCUCCCUAGUUAUCACAGUCUUGAAUGGCGUUUAGAUGUACAGCUUGCCAGCAGAAGUCUGAGGCAACAGAUUAAGCCAGUUGUGACUUUGAAACUGCACCUGGAACAGAAUGGAAGCCAAUCUACCAAAAUAUUACAAACUGACCCUUCUACGUUGCUCCAUCUGAUUCAGCAACUGGAACAGGCUUUGGGGGAAAUGAAAACAAACCAUUGUCGGCGAAUAGUUCGUAACAUCAAAUAGUGUUUGUCACCGCAGUAAACAUGAUGGAAUUAUGGGCCACAGCAUCCACAAAACAACAAAGCAUCUUGAUCCGUCAGAAUCCUUUCCUGUGCCUGGAUCUUGAGGCAGUGUUUACAGGCUGAACUUGCUUGGGUGUUAUCUUUAUAAUGCUGUCUGAUGCUAGUUAGCCCAAUUGUCAUUAUUUUAGCCAGGUGUAAAUGAAUUUGCUGAGCACCUGAGUUUUCCUGACUAUGCCGAGCUGCUUUUUGUAUAAUGCUUUUGCAGCACUCUUUAUUUAUUAACACAGUGACCAAAAUCUUUUCCCUUAUCUUCUUUUUUUUUUAACCACAAGAAAUCAAAGAAAUACACAGUAAUAUGAUUUCCUGCCAUUUCUGGGUAAUCCUUGAGCAAUCUGCAACUCCAAUAUAUGGAGGAAACAUUCUUCAUUCCAUAAUUACUGGUUGGUGCUGAUGUUUGUAAGUAAAUAACAGCAGCCUCUGGUGAAAAUUGCUUUGUUAAACAAGGAACGUGAUUUUCUGGUUUACGCAACCUCCUGCAACUGAACUGUUCAGUGGAUGUCACAGGGUAGCAUAACGUUCAGACAGGAAACCUGAAAAAAAUGCCUCUGUGAUAACAGGAGUUAUUAUUCAUGCAAGUGGAUGGCCAAGGCAAUUGAGACUGCUCAACUAAAAGAAAAUGUCUUGCAUGAAUUGGUUCUCAGAGCAGGUAAUAAUAAUUAUGUGAUAAUCUGUCUACUUUGAUAUAAAUGAGACAAUUGUAUGAAUACUGUGAUAGAUUUUGGAUUUGUAUGUAAUCCUCUACUUUUUAUUAUAUUAUAUGCUGCAGAUGAACCUGUUCCUUACCAAGACAGUCACAUCUGAAAGAUUUAUGAUAGGAUUCACAGCAAUAUUUGGCUAGUGAGAGCCAUGAAAAUGUAUUGUGUUAAGACCAGUUUCCACCCACCCCAAUUCAGCAUAAUGGAAAGUUCUGGAGACCUUGAACUCUUGUACACAAUUUUGUACUAUUUUGAGGAUAGUCUUAAUAAAAGAUAUUGCAUGGC